CAUCUACCUGCAGGCACUGCGUCAGAAUACAUCUCACUAGUUUGCUCAAGGGUCGCUGUUCUGGGCCCAUGCUUGAAUCCAUUAUUUGGGGGAGUAAUGACCUUUUAAGGAUCCAGGCUCCUCAUCCAUGGCCAGGGAAACCAACCUCCGUGUUAAGUGGGCUACCUAGGGAUAAAUAGGCCACUCUUCUUUCGACCCACGGUGGCUUUUUCACUCAGUCUUUUGACUCUCCCACUUUGCGACCUGUUCGAUGGAAUCAGCUCUUGUGCUCGCUUUAAUAUUGCUGGUUGUUUUGUAUUUCUAUACGAAACGACCUAGCAGUCACUACGCCCCCCUCCCUCCUGGUCCCAAAAAAUUGCCCCUCAUAGGAAAUCUGCUCGACAUGCCGACGACUUUCGAAUGGGAGACAUAUGACAGGUGGUGCAAAGAGCUCGGGUCGGACAUCAUUCACCUCGAGGUGGCAGGAACGUCUAUAGUUGUCAUGAACUCGGCUGAAGUCGCGGAAGAGCUGCUUGAUCAGCAUUCAGCUAUUCACUCAGAUAGACCCCGCCUGGUCAUGGUGAACGAGUUGAUGGGAUGGAACUUUUCCUUUGGUUUGAUGGCCUAUGGUGACGAAUGGCGCGCGCAACGGAAAUUAUUUCAACAGGAAUUCCAUCCCCAAGCCGCGGAACGCUUUCAACCUCUCGAGGUACGCGUCACUCAUCAGUUUCUCAAUCGCCUACUAGAGGACCCCAAAAAUUAUGUACAUCACAUCCGACACUUGGCAGCCUCAACUAUCCUUGGAAUUGCCUACGGAAUUGAUGUCCAAGAAGACAAUGACCCCUACGUCGACGCUGCUGAACGUGCUCUGGUGUCUCUCGGCUUAGGUAUCGCCCCGGGCGUUUUUCUUGUUGAGUCUAUUCCUGCUCUCAAAUAUAUACCUGAAUGGUUUCCUGGAGCUGGCUUUAAACGCAAAGCACGGGAGUGGGCUCGGUAUUCCACUAUUAUGCGUGAACUUCCUUACGCUGCGGCUAAGAAACAGAUACUGCAAGGGACUGCUCGACCAUCUUUCACAUCUUACAGUCUGGAGAAGCUGGCCGAGGGCGAGGAGGAUGUCGCCGAGCAGGAGCAGAGAGUGCAAUCUACAGCAGCGACCAUGUACACAGGCGCAACUGACUCAACAGUUUCAGUUCUGUCAACGUUCAUCCUUGCAAUGCUUGCCAACCCCGAGGCUCUAAAGCGCGCUCAAGAAGAAAUUGACUCUGUGGUCCAAUCUGGAGAGUUUCCUCGGUUUUCUGAUCAAGAACGUCUCCCCUAUGUCACUGCGAUUGUGAAGGAGACAAUGAGAUGGAAAAAUGUUACUCCCUUGGGCAUACCCCAUGCAUCUACGUCCGAGGACCUGUACAGAGGUUACAGGAUACCCGCAGGCUCAAUAAUGGUCCCUAAUAUAUGGGCAAUUCUUCACGACGAGAAUACGUACCCUGAACCGCACACCUUCAAACCAGAACGAUUUAUUGGCGAAGAUGGGAAAAUCAAUCCGGCCGUGAAGGAUCCUGAUACUGCGCUGUUUGGAUUUGGACGCCGUAUAUGUCCAGGACGUUUCAUGGCGUUUUCGUCUAUUUGGAUAGCGGUUGCCUCUAUGCUUGCUGUCUUCGACAUCUCAAAACCUGUUGAUGAAGAUGGUAAUGUUAUCGAACCAACUUUUGAGUAUAUUCCGUCAAUGGCCUGUGUCCCGGCUCCUUUUGAAUGUGCUCUCAAGCCUAGAAGUGCACAAGCUGAGGAAAUGAUUCGUUCAAUGGCUUCGGAGCACUCAUGACUGGGAUGUGAAUUCUUGACAAGCGGGAACUUGCAAGAAACGAUGUUCAUGAAUUGUACAAGAUUGUUGUAAUCACAUUGCACGGCUCCCACUUGUUGUACUUACAACCCAUGAAUGUCAUCUUACGGUAGUUAUCG